AUGCCUAUAUCAAGGUAAGUACCGGGUCAACGAUAUUAAAAUCGAUGAAGCUUUUCUCUGUUUCUGGCUGUGAUCUGAACCAUCUGUUCCUUCUCCUUGUUCAUCAUGCAGGGGAUCGGAUCUGCCUGCACAGCCGCCGCCGCAGCGGCAAUCCCCUCGAGUCCCUCUUCAUCUUAAGACGGCGAACCCCGACUCUAAUGGGUCACAGGCCCAUCAGCGCGGUGGCCCGAAGCCGGAGGUCAACCCCCGGCGUUCCACCCGGAGCCCUCUCCAUGAGGUGGGCUCGGUGCUGCACCUCGACCCAGUUCUGAAAUCCAUGCGUCUUCUUCUGGUCCUCCGAUCUGAAAUCCAUGCGUCUCCUUGUAGUUGCCAUCGGGCACCCAGAGGAAGAAGGGGACGAGGGUGGCUGAUCUAGAGACCAAACUGGGCCAUGUGCAGGACGAGCUCAGGAAGCUCAAGGAGCAGCUGGUCUCUGCCGAGACAGCCAAGAGAGACGCCCAGCUGGAGCUGGAGGAUACCAAGAAGAUGAUCCCACCCUCCUCCGCAGACGAAGACCCAGUUGAGGACGAUGACCCCCAUGGCACCGCCGACAAAGACCGGGAGCAGCAGCUUAAUACGGUGGAAGAAGACAACCUUCAAGUGCCCUCCGGACAGAACGAUCCCGUUCUCAUCGAAGAGAGUGGAAUUACUACGGUGGUGGAGGAGGAGGAGACGGCCGGUAGACUGGAAGCGAAGCUGGAGGAGAAGGUGAAGGAGCUGGAGCAGUGCCUGGCGGAGAACGCGAGCUUGAAGAAGCAAUUGGAGGAAGCGGCGGCGAAGGCGGCGGCGGCGUGGACGAGGGAGGAAGAGACGGCACUGAAGCUGGUUCGGGUGGUGGAGGAGCUGGCGGAGAGCAAGGCGAAGGCGGAGCAACUGGAGGAGCAGCUGGAGGCGGCGGACGGCAGCAGGUCCUCGCUGGAGACAGAGAUGAGGAAGUUGAAGGUUCAGGUCGACCAGUGGAGGAAGGCCGCCGACGCGGCCGUGACUGUGCUCUCCGACACCGGAGGCAUUGCAGGAAGAGGAGGAGGUGGCGGCGUCGCCGUUGACUUCGGCGGCUUUCCUGGGUCGCCGCUGAUUGGUGGAGAGUCGGAGGACUGGCUGGGAGGGAGCAAAAGGAAGAGCGGGGGCAUUCGGGCCUUGGGCGAUAUUUGGAAGAAGAGAGGUCAGCAGAAGUAA